AUGGAUCGCCGGGCGAAUGGAGCUGGACUGCAACGAGUCUCAGAGGCCGAAUGGUGCCAAGCAAAAACUUGGAUUUCUGCUCACGAACCCCGCUACAAUAUGAUGAAAGAGCUCGCUGUGCUAGCAAAUUUGCUUUGCGUUUCCGUUGUGGUUAUGAAGUCAGUGGAUGUCACAGGAAAGCAGCGACACAUCUUCAGAUACAAUGAAACAGAAGCUAAACAUUUGCUCUAUUUAGCUGCCGCGGCCUAUACGACAAAUCCGGAGCCGUGCAUCAAAAAGUAA